CCUUUUGGAAAGACCUAGGGUUCGUUCUCCCUAAGCGGAAGUGACAACUGUUGUACUCCCCUGACAGGACUUGGCGCCCCGUCGGAGAUUAGAUAAGAUAGAGGAAGCGUGGGAUGUCUCCAUCUCUGUUUUGACGACAUGUCUGUCCCUCUCCUAACCUCCUUCUGCCACCCCGCCGUGCCAAGCUUUGAAGCAACAACCCAAUCCACAGCCAUGUCAAAUCGUGGAGGCCGAGGUGGAGGCAAAGUCUUCCGGGGAGGAGGAAGAGGUGGGGGCGGUAGCGGGAGCGGUAGCGGUAGCGGCGGCGGCAGCGGUGGCAGCGGUGGCAGCGGUGGCAGCGGUGGUGGUGGCCCCGGUCGAGGCGGUCGUUCGCACUCGGGACCGUGGGGCAGACUCAAGCCCGUCGACUUAGACCCCCUCGACAGCUUCGGCCUCCCCUCCAAAGGCGACACAAGGCUCCUCGACUUCAAGACCCAGGAAAGGUAUUACACUAAGAUCGUCGAGCGCUACAUGACCUUCUGCUCCGACGCCGGCGAGCGCGACGAGCUCCUCCGCCGCUUCGCCUCGCUCGAUCUCAAGGAAUACCCCUCCGUCUCCGCCGCGUCCUCGCCACGCCUCGACGACCCCGCCAGCACAAAGGCCCUCUCCGACGUCAUGAUGGCCCUGCGCAAGCUCCGCGAGGGCAUCGUGGCCUCAAAACGCACAGACGAGUUUGCCAUCCAGGCCUACCUCUUCAAUAUCCGCCUGUCAGUCCUGAUUAAGCACCCUGAGUCGUACCACCCGGCCAUCCUGCACGUGCUCCGGACAAUACACCCGGCCCGGAACCUGACGAGCGUCGAGCUGCAGGAGGUCCUGGGCUACCUCGUCCUCGACGCCGCCUGUCGCAGGGGUGACCUGGCCGAGGCGUACGCGAUACGGCACCGGUACGCGCUGCAAGACGCAAAGGUGGAUGCCGUGCUGGCGGCGUUGGCGCACGACAACUACGUCGCGUUCCGGAGGGUGCAGAGGAACGUCGACGGGCAUCGCGCGAAGCUGUUGGAGUUCGCCGAGGGUGAGAUGCGUACGCAUGUCCUCAAGUGUUUCGGGAGGACGUACCUGGCCGUUGACCAGGACUGGUUGGAGAAGUGUGCCGGCGAGAGCUGGGAGGCGUUGACGAGGGAUCGCGGUGUCGGAUGGGAGCUCGACGGGAAGAAGGUUGUUAUUCGAAAGGUCAGGGCUAAGUGAAGAGCAUGGUGGGGGGAAAGGAGGAUAAGGAAAUGUGUGCAUUUGAUACCCCUGAUUAGAAAGCGUUCGAGACUUGAGCUCUGGACGGCACUUUGAGCAACAUUGAAUAUCCGUUAUUAUGGAGCGUGAUGCCGGUUUGUGCAAGGCUGUAUCCCAAGGAGCACAAGGUCUAGCUGUGCAUUGUUCUUUCUAGGGGGCUCAUGAAGGGACGCUAACAUACAA